ACACUUUCAAGGUUUUUUAUGCGAUUUUUCCAAAUAAAAAAUUAAUAGAGAAACUACAAUAAACUAUAUUGAACUAAGAAUAUCUAUAACUGAAAAUGUAUAAAUGUAUUAUCCUCAAAUGUACAUCUCGUAGAACACAUAAAUAUCUAUAUUUGAAUGUGUACUACAUCAUACUCACACAACCAAUCUACUGUUCUAACAAAAAUAAACAAAAGAGGGCAUAAGUGUAAAUAAAGGGAAAGAGAACCCAAGAAUAAUAAGGUCACGAUCUUCCGGCUUAUAAAAAGCAUCUCAUAGGACUCUCAACUUCACCAAAGUCAUAUCUUCUUGUACCACUCUCCUUCAAACAUAGUCAGAGAAAAACAGCAACUCUUGUCUGAAAAAUCAGAGAGAGAGAGAGAGAGAGAGAGAAAAAGAAUGGAUCAAAAUGUGCUAGGCACUCAAGUGUACCCCUACACGACCCAAACCCAUGGCCAGUGCAUCAUCGUUAACCAGAUCGAUGGAUCAUCAUCAGGCGAAGGAUCAAAGCCGGUGAAGCGGCGGAGGAGGAGGAGGAGCAAAGGGUCGUCCGCCACGAGCGAAGAUGACAUGACGGCGAUCGGAGUGAUGCUGAGGAAGAGGAAGUUGACUGAUGAGCAAGUGAAUAUGCUCGAAUUCAGCUUCGAGAACGAGCACAAGCUUGAGUCAGGGAGGAAAGAGAAGAUCGCCGCAGAGUUAGGUCUCGACCCGAGACAGGUGGCUGUUUGGUUCCAGAACCGCCGUGCACGGUGGAAGAACAAGAAACUCGAGGAAGAGUACGCCAAACUGAAGAGCCAACACGACACCGUCGUCCUCGGCCAAUGUCAGCUCGAAUCUCAGGUAUUAAAACUGUCGGAACAAUUGAGUGAAGCUCAAAACGAAAUUCGAAAACUUUCGGAGCGACUUGCUCAAGAAACGUUAACAAACAGUCCGAGUUCACCUCGUUCUGUUGAAGCCAAUGGUGCACCAAUUCAUUUCGAGUUUCCGCCGGAUGUUAAUUACAACAUCCCGUUUUACAUAUCGGAUAAUAGUUACUUGCAGAACAUGGAGUAUUGGGAUGGUUUGUAUGUGUAAUUUUAACAACUAAAAUAUUUAGUCUAUGGAUCGAAAAUCAUGUUUAAAUUAAUGUAUAAAUAGAUGUUUGUCAACCUGUUGUAAAUGCAGUGUUUAAAAUAUUUUUAUUUUAAUAAAUAACUUUGUUUCUCAACU